AUGGUAAGCCAUGCUGAUUUGUCAAAAUCUGCAGUUUCAGAACCAGCAACAACAACACCAACACUGCAGGCUCCGCUCACUCCACAGCCAUCAGGAUUCCAACAACAACAACAGCAGAAGCAAAUUGGAAUGCAGCCGAUGCAACCAUUACAGAUGCAACCGAUGCAACCAAUCCCUUCGAUGAUUGGAAGUGGCGGCAACAGCAACAGUAGUAGUGGCGGUGGUGGUGGAAAGGAGAAGAAUAACAAUAGAUGGUUCCCAACCAAUGACAAUGACCCAUUCCUCUCCAUAGAACAAGAGAAAAGAAAACCGCAAUACAAAGCAGUCAACUGGAACGACGAGAAUAAAUAUGCAGAGAUUGUCAGCACUCUGAAUUCACCUUCGAUGGUUCCACAAUCUGCCUAUAUGCAACAGGGAAUGCCUGUUGCUACAAAUGCAUCAGAUGAAUCAGAUGAAUCAGAUGAACCAAAUGAAUCAAUAUCAGAUGAAUCAAAUGGGUCCGAUGAAGCCAAUCAACAUGCAAGGCAUGCCAAUGAACCAACAGCAAAUGGGUCAAAUGCAGCCUGCUAUGAGUCCUAUGAACGGAAUGCAACCGUUGCAACCGAUUAA